CUUUGUGCCACCUUUGCUUUCUUUUUCACCUUUGGGUCUCUCUCUCCCUCUUUGCCUCCACAGUCCAGAGCAACCUCAGGCUCAUAAAUUGAUGUUCAUUCAUUCAUCCACCUAUCCAUACAUUUGAUCAUUCAUGACUCGCCUCGCACUCUUCAUUGGUCUGCUCCCGAGUUUGAGCUUGGUGUUCGCUCAUGACAAGACCGUGCCUACAGCUCAGGAUUUGGGUGUUCCGACUACAUGGAGGGAAUUCAACAACUCCCGCCUCCUCGCUGAACGCAUAUCAAUCGCAAAAUCCGCGAUUGACACUAUCCUCCCUCAGUUGGAUAUGUCUAACAGCCAGUUCGAUGGUAUUGGCUUCUGGCAAUCUGCCAAGGUCUUCUCCUCCAUGGCGAAUUUCGACCAUCUAGCUAGUUCGACAGUGUACAAGGACCAAGUCAUCAAUGGCCUCACUGCGGCUCACGAGACGUACCGGAACUUCGAUCCGAAUGGGUACAAUGAUGAUGCAAUGUGGUGGGCAACAGCUUCGUACUAUGCUUACAGAGCAUACGGGGACUCGACAAUGUUAUCUAUGGCUGUCGCGAUCUGGACCCGUGUGUCGAAUUAUGUUGUCUCGGUAGCAGACGCUAAAGCAGGAAAACAACCCAACAAGGAUUUCACGAUCGCUGGGACGUGUUAUGGAGGUGAUGUUUUCUGGCAUCCGACAAGUGAUGAUACAGGCAUCAACUCGAUCACUACUGGCCUCUCUGCCUACCUCACCGAAACCACAGGCGACUCUACCUACACCGCCGCCGCCACCCUCAGCGCCCAAUGGAUCCAAAACCUCCAAAUCAGCUCCAGUGGAAUCGUCCUAGACAGCGUCAGCAGUGCCGACUGCACACUCACAGCCACGAGCUGGUUGUUCACGUAUAAUUCCGGGAAAUACAUCGAGGGGUCGAGUGUGUUGAAGGAUGUUACGGGGGCUGCUAUUUGGAAGUCGCUAAUGACCAACAUCACUGCUGCUGCUGUGAAAUCACCGGUUUGGCAAGGAAGCAAUGGGAUUAUCACUGAAGGUGCUAGUAAGACGUUGGAUAAUGAUGGUGUUGGGUUCAAAGCCAUCUUCAUCCGAGGCCUCGACGAAGUCAGCGUUUGCUCCGCAGACAACAGCGCUCUCCAAAUCGUCAUCCACAGUUAUAACGAUGUCCAGUACAAUGCGCUCCUGGAACUCGCCGCAAACGGUACUUCGUACUCGCCUUCGUGGCCUGGACCCGCUCAGGAGUUCACUACGUGGGGUCAGAUGGCUGUGUUGGAUGUGAUGGUUACAGCGAUCAACACGAAUUCGCUGUGAAUCUCAUCAUCGGGUGCUUCGAGUGCUUCGAGUUCCUCGACCCUGAUUACUUGGAGUUCUAGUUCUCCUAGUACUUUGAGUACACCGGGUGCUUCGGAUACCCCGACAGCCGCAAAUCAAGUUCAAAAAAACCAUGCACGCAAAAACACUCCAGUUCACUCGAUGUCUGGAACCCACCUUGGGCUUGGGCUU